AUGGGUAAAGAGCGGCAGACAAACACGUCAAACGCGGGUUAUAGAUUCAAGGCCGAACUUCCGUUCGCUGGACGCACACUCUGCUUCAUGAAGUCCGUACGCCUGCUCUCGAGAGGAGGUGCACCUUGUAGUGCAUUUCAGACUGCAUUUCGGAGUGCAUCGCGGGGAUACGCCUCGCUCUCCGAUCGUUUGUACCAUGAAUUGACCACUAGGAGCCUCCCGUUGACCUAUGACUAUUUACACCCCCAACCCUCACAUCUCCUCAACCUGACCCUCCGGGACCUAUUGCCAUCUCCUCCGCCGGUUGAUACGACUCUCCCCUCGAUCCGAAACCCCUCUCCGUUACCGGUCGGCCAUCACCUGAUCUACUUCCCGCCACAGGUGACACUGUCGCAGUUGCUUCCAGACUGCACAGAUACACUGCAUACACCCGGCGAGCCGUUCAAUCGACGUCUUUGGGCGGGCGGUAACUUGAGGUUUCCCGCUCCCAGUCCCUUUUUGGAUGGGAGUCGCGCGGUGUGUCUGGAGUCUAUCCGCAAUGUGGUAGUCAAGGGCCGCGAGGGCGACGAGAAAGUGAUCGUCACGAUCGAGCGGCGCGUUGGCAACGUGCCUGAGCAGGAAUCAGCAGAGCAGACACGGAAACGGAUCUGGACAGAAAAUGAAGCCGAUGCAGGGGAAUCCUCGGUUAUAGAAAACCGGGAUCUUAUCUUCAUGCGCUUGAAAACUAGCACGCAGAUUGAGGCCGAUAAGGCUCAAUUUGGGGAACCUGCGAGAAUUGUCAAGCGUAUGUGCGCCUACAAUAUAACAAGUAGAGAGAAAGAGCUAAAGUGGAAGAAUACAGCACCCUCCGAUGCGACAUUCCGCCAUGCCAUCAUGCCAAUCAAAGCGCUACUGUUUCGAUUUUCGGCACUGACCUUCAACGCCCAUUCCAUUCAUCUUGACAAAGGCUAUACUCAGAACGAAGAAGGAUACCGCAAUCUUUUAGUGCAUGGCCCAUUGACACUGACACUUCUGUUGAGUGUGGUGCAACACCACCUUGGUCAAUUGAACCUGCAUAUCAAUGCCAUUGAGUACAAAAACAUAGCACCUCUGUUUGUCGAGGAAAAGCUCGUUAUUUGCGGAAAGCCCAAGAACGGUACUGGGGCCUGGGACGUAUGGAUUGAAGGUGCGAAUGGUGGAUUGGCUGUUCGAGGUACUGUUCAAACCAAGUUUGCACACCUUUUCUUCACUGCCACUUCCGCUUUCUUUUCCUUCCUUUUCCCAACUACUUUCUCGAGCUGUUUUGAUCCCUGUGAUCAAUUGACCGAAAUUUAUUCAUCCAUAAUGGAUCUGUUUUGGGCAGCUCCCCCUGUCACCAGGACGCUCACAGCCCUGACACUCGUACAGUCUGCCUUAAUGCAUGGCAAAUUACUGUCAAAGAGUUAUGCGGUCUUUGCUCCAAGCUUGAUCUUUGCGUUGCCUCCACAAAUCUAUCGGCUGUUCACGCCAUUUCUACUAACCGGACCGAAGCUGGAAUUCGCCUUUGAUGUCUACUUCAUCUACAAAUAUGGCAGUGCCAUGGAGAACAGCAUGGCUCCAGGCGAAUUCUUCAUCUAUCUGUUGUUUGUAGCUUUCAACUUGAUGAUCACCGCAGGCUGGUAUUUGGGGGCAGUCGUCUUCACCCAACCCAUGAUCAUGGCUUUCAUCUACAGCUACUCGCAACUCAACCGUGGACAAAGAACCCACUUUAUGUUCAUCGACAUUCCUGUCGUUGUCCUGCCUUACGCAAUGCUCCUUAUCACCAUGGUCGUCCGUGGUUGGCAAGCCGCUAUGAUCGAAGCCAUGGGAAUCCCCGCUGCUCAUCUAUACAACUUCCUCACGCAUAUCUACCCGGUCUACGGCGGGGGUAGAAACUUCCUCACUGUCCCAGCGUUCGUGGAGAGGUAUUUCAAACGUGCGGAUGACAAAAACAGAUCGUAUGGAUGGGCUUCUCAAUCUUCCACACAAGCUUCUACAGCAUCUCAGGGUGGAUCUUCUGGCUCGACCUCUGGAUCAUCCUGGGGUUGGACCUCUUCUAACUCUUGGAAGGGUCGAGGCGCUGGCCGAAGACUCGGCGGUUAA